UUUAGCAAAGAGAAGACUCCUCAGACCACAAAACAGCAAAGAGAAGCUCCUUCCGAAGGAAGUCGGGACCAAACGAAGAAGGUUCGACUUAGACAGUUCUUCGACCCCACUAUGUCCAAAGUUUCAUGUUCAUGAUAAACAACCACUUUCCCUCCUUUCUCUUUAUAUAUUCACAAACAAAAACAAUUCCCCAACAAAUUCCACCAGAACACACAAAACUCGCUUCCCCCCUUAGGACAACCCCACACUGACCUAAACUACCCCCAUAACCCACUUCUCUCAGUCUCUCAGUUUCUCUGUCUAAAAACUUUGAAAGCUGUUAGUGCAGAAAGAUCUGUUGGUUGCUCAUGGAAACUGAAGGAGCCUCAUCUGUCACAGUUCGAAAGAAUACACAGACACCUAAGGCUAUUAUACACGAAAAGUUUGGUGCCAAUGCUUGCUAUACACUUGAGGAAGUGCAUGAGUCUGCUGAAAAUGGAUGUCCAGGAUUAGCCAUUGUGCAGAAAGGCCCUUGCCUUUACUGCUGUACCUUGAAGCUUCCGGAAAUUACUGUUGUAUCUGGGAAGUUUAAAAAGAAGAAGGAUGCUGAACAGGCUGCUGCUGAGUUGGCUUUGGAAAAGCUGCGCUUUAAUCCUGCCGCAAAAAGGUCCUCUCUUCCAGAAACAUGGGAUGGCUUAGUUUCCCAAGUCAAAUAUCUAUUUUCAGACGAGUUCCUUUCAUCUCUUCAUCCGCUGGGAGGUCAUUUGAGAGCAGCUUUGCAAAGAGAAGGUCAUCGCGCUGGCUUCGUCCCUGCUUGUGCCUUAGCCGUCUUUGACGCAACACUAAAUAAUUUGUGCAAAUCCAUUGAUCCUAAGGUGGAAUUAGAUCCCUUCUUAAUUAUAUCAUAUGUUAUAAGGGCAGCUGCUAGAUUAUCUGGAUAUAUUGCUAGUUCAGAGGAAGAGCUCUGGAUUAGGAGGGAAAAUCCAUACCCUCCUGAAAUUAUAGAGUUAUCUUGUAUCCAGCCAAUUCCAAACAAAUCAGGCUGCCCUGAAAUUCUUAUGGUUGAAGCCAUAAUUAUACCCUGUUCACUGGAGAAGACUGUUGAAAGGGUUAUCCUUAAUCUUACAUCUUCUGGUUAUUACCUGGAUGCUAUUGCUAAACAACUUGGGUUGUUGGAAGCUUCAGACCUUAUGAUCUCAAGGCCUAUAGGUAAGGCUUCUUCUGAGACAAGGCUGCACUUUGCUGCUCCAAAGCAAUCUCUGUUGGAUAUUUCUUCAGAUGCUCAUUCCAAAGAAGUUUGUAGCUUUGAAGGAUCUUCAAAUGCAAGAGCAAGUUACUUGUCUGGUCAAAAUAUAUAUGGUGAUGCUAUAUUGGCAACGAUUGGCUACACAUGGAGAUCCAAGGACCUUUUCUAUGAAGAUGUAUCUUUGAAAUCAUAUUACAGGAUGCUUAUUGGCAAGACACCAAGUGGACUUUACAAGCUGUCCAGAGGGAAAAUACUUGCAGCCGAGUUACCUUUGGCAUUUACUACAAAUGCAAAAUGGAAAGGUUUGUUACCAAGGGAGAUACUAUGUACAUUCUGUCGUCAGCAUCGGCUUUCUCAGCCUAUCUUCUCUACUUUGAGUCUAGAAGAAUCAUCUGACUCGUCACAAUCACACAAGAAGUUAAGGGUGACAGACUUGGGUGUGAAAGACACAGAACAUGCAAAUGGUUGUGUUGUUGCUACUGGUGCAAAUGAAACAGUAAAAUCUGGAGGUAGCUUCAGCUGUGAACUAAAAGUACAUUCGAAAUUUCAGGAUUUGAUUUUAGAAUGCUCACCAAAAAUUUCUUUCAGAAUGCAGAAUGAUUCUGUCCAAAAUGCUUCUUUGAAAGUUCUAUUAUGGUUAGAUAUAUAUUUUACGGAUCCAAAUGUGUCGUUUGAGACAUUAAAGGCUUCUGCUGAUGACCUUGACAUUAGAUUUGAACCAAAUUUUUUUGUUGAAGCAUUUAAGCUUUGCCAAUUUUUUCGUAAUGUUGGUCAUAGUGAGAUUGAAGAAGGCAAAUUAGUAAAUUCGAACUCAGUGAAUGUACCAAAAUCUCUCUCUGGACAAGGACUUCAUUCGCUGAUUAUAGAAGGCCCUGAUUCUGGUGUUUGUCCAUCCAAUGGGUCCUUAUCAUGUGUGAGUUAUUCUGCAUCUCUUGUGACUGAAGAGCAUAUGAAAGAACAACUGGAAAGCAGUGACGACUUUGAGUUUGAGAUAGCAUCUGGAGCUGUGAAUCCGCAUCUUGAAUCAGUUCUCAUUCAGAUGUCUGUCGGUCAGUCUGCUUGUUUCUUUAUGGAUCUGCCCCCUCAAGAUUUGAUUUUUGCUGCAGCUGAUGAUUCUGCAAGAAUGUUUUCCUUAUUGUCUUCAAAAACCUGCUGCUUGGAGUUCACUAUAAGGUUGUUGCGGGUAAUAGAACCUUUGGAGGACAGAAUGGAGCACGCCUUUUUCAGCCCUCCACUAUCAAAACAGCGAGUGGAGUAUGCAGUGCAAAGCAUCAGAGAAUCUUGUUCUGCUACUCUGGUUGACUUUGGAUGUGGCUCUGGUAGUUUGUUGGAUUCCCUGUUAAAUUACCCAACUUCUCUGGAAAAAAUUGCUGGUGUGGAUCUUUCACAAAAGAGUCUUACCAGUGCAGCAAAGAUACUUAAUACCAAAUUAAGCUCAACUUCAGAUGUUGAUAUCUCAUCUACACCCCUAAAAUCUGCAAUUCUCUAUGAUGGUUCAGUUACAGAUUCUGAUUCUAGAUUGUGUGGGUUUGAUAUCGGCACUUGCUUAGAGGUAAUUGAGCAUAUGGAGGAAGAUCAAGCGCAUCUCUUUGGCAAUGUGGCACUCAGUUAUUUUUGUCCUAAGAUACUUAUUGUGUCAACUCCAAACUAUGAAUAUAACGUCAUACUACAGAAGUCUACUCUAUCAACCCCAGAAGAUGAUCCGGAUGAAAGAAGUGAAUCACAACCUUGUAAGUUUCGUAACCAUGAUCACAAAUUUGAGUGGACGAGAGCACAGUUCAAUUGCUGGGCAACUGAAUUGGCCACAAGGCACAACUACGAUGUUGAGUUCAGUGGGGUUGGUGGAUAUGGUGAUGAACCAGGUUUUGCUUCCCAGAUUGCUGUUUUUAGACAGAGAACCAUACCUCAGGAAGAUCAUCCUGAAGAAAUCCCAGAUUCAGAACAUCCUUACCAAGUUAUUUGGGAAUGGACUAGUAACGAUAGGUCAUGAUCUGCACUGUAAAAGAGAAGUCUUUAUGUAACAUAUUAUCCCAUGAAUGUGAGCUUUAUCUUGGCUGCUGCCUUUCAUGGAUCAUAGUUUUAGUUAAGAAUCAUAGAAAGUGGAAGUUGCAACAGUAUCAACUAGAAAUAGUUCAAGGACUCAAGUUAUUGAUAUCCAAUCUCAUGACAA